ACUUACUAAGCCAUGAAAUAGCUCGCAAAGCCUUUUCUUCCUCUACGUUUCUAAUUGCCUUCGACGAAGAUCUACCGUAGAGAAGUCUACCUCGUAGACCAAUCUCUCAAAUUUGAUUCCCUAUUCUCGUUGCCAACGUCAAAUAUGCGUCUCUCUUGUAGUCUUACACCCUUCAUUCUCCUCUUUUUUCUCUUCCUUGUCGCACCAGCCGUAUCUUCUGGUGUAGCUAUCUUGAGAACAGAUUAUUACCAAAAGACAUGCCCCGAUUUCAACAAAAUCGUGCGUGAUGCCGUUAUAGCCAAGCAAGGUCAACAACCGACAACUGCGGCCGGGACACUUCGUCUCUUCUUUCACGAUUGUUUCCUCGAAGGCUGUGAUGCGUCUGUUUUGAUAGUGACCAACUCGUUUAACAAAGCGGAACGUGACGAUGAUCUCAACGACUCCCUCCCAGGAGAUGCUUUUGACAUUGUUAAUCGCAUCAAAACAGCUCUAGAGCUGUCUUGUCCCGGUGUGGUAUCAUGCGCUGAUAUUUUAGCGCAGGCUACGCGUGACCUUGUCACGAUGGUAGGAGGACCUUACUUCGACGUAAAGCUUGGUCGUAAAGACGGACUCGAAUCCAAAGCCCAUAAAGUACGAGGAAACGUCCCGAUGCCUAACCAGACGGUCCAUGACAUCCACGGGAUGUUCAAGAAAAAUGGGUUUAGUCUACGUGAGAUGGUAGCAUUAAGUGGAGCUCACACAAUCGGAUUUUCUCACUGCAAAGAAUUUAGUGACCGCCUCUACGGAUCAAAAGCCGAUCCAGAAAUCAACCCGCGAUUUGCAACCGCUCUUAAAGAACUAUGCAAAAACCACACCGUCGACGACACAAUCGCGGCGUUUAAUGACGUGAUGACUCCGGGAAAAUUCGACAACAUGUACUUUAAGAACCUUAAAAGAGGACUUGGGCUAUUAGCUUCUGACCACCUCCUUAUUAAAAACAAUAGCACGAAACCGUUCGUUGAGCUUUACGCAACUGACGAGAAAGCAUUCUUUGAAGAUUUCGCUCGUGCGAUGGAGAAAAUGGGCACGGUUGGCGUUAAGGGAGAUGGAGAAGGAGAAGUGAGGCGUAGGUGCGACCACUUCAACAAUCUCAACGUAUAAGAAAAAAAAAAUCACAAAAAUUAUAUUUCUGCUUCUUUUUUUUUGCGGGGAGAAAGGAGGAAUUGAGGGGAAGAAACCUUUCAUUUAUAUAUUUAUGUUUAAAAUAUGUAUUAUAAUCAUAAUUCAAGAUUGGGUGUUUAUAUUUUUCAUGAAAAUGCAAAUUGUUA